AGUAAUACACAAACAAAAACCGGUACUCUGUUCUGUUCAUCUCUCAAGAAACUAAAAAUGGCGGCAGCCGAUCAAGAUGAUCUCUUAAAGGACGAGAAAAAUCCACCUCCUCUUGACGAAGACGACAUCGCUCUUCUCAAAACUUAUGGAUUAGGGCCAUACUCCACUAGCAUUAAGAAGGCUGAGAAGGAAAUUAAGGAAAUGGCUAAAAAAGUUAAUGACUUGUGUGGUAUUAAGGAGUCCGACACGGGCUUAGCUGCGCCAAGCCAGUGGGAUCUAGUUUCUGACAAGCAAAUGAUGCAGGAGGAGCAACCUCUGCAGGUGGCAAGAUGUACAAAAAUAAUAAGCCCAAACACUGAAGAUGCCAAAUAUGUAAUAAAUGUCAAACAAAUUGCAAAGUUUGUUGUGGGGCUGGGCGACAAGGUUUCCCCAACUGAUAUAGAAGAAGGAAUGCGUGUUGGAGUUGAUCGCAAUAAGUAUCAGAUACAGAUUCCUUUACCUCCAAAAAUUGAUCCAAGUGUGACCAUGAUGACAGUGGAAGAGAAACCAGAUGUGACAUAUAAUGAUGUGGGUGGAUGCAAGGAGCAGAUUGAUAAGAUGCGAGAAGUUGUUGAAUUGCCCAUGCUUCACCCUGAGAAAUUUGUGAAGCUCGGUAUUGAUCCUCCUAAAGGUGUUCUCUGCUAUGGUCCACCUGGAACUGGUAAAACACUUUUAGCCAGAGCUGUGGCUAAUAGAACUGAUGCUUGUUUCAUUCGAGUUAUUGGGAGUGAGCUUGUCCAGAAAUAUGUCGGAGAGGGAGCUAGGAUGGUUCGUGAAUUAUUUCAGAUGGCACGUUCGAAAAAGGCUUGCAUUGUAUUUUUUGACGAGAUUGAUGCCAUUGGUGGUGCACGUUUUGAUGAUGGUGUUGGUGGAGAUAAUGAGGUCCAGCGCACAAUGCUUGAAAUUGUGAAUCAGCUUGAUGGAUUUGAUGCCCGUGGAAACAUUAAAGUUCUUAUGGCCACAAACAGGCCGGAUACUCUAGAUCCAGCACUAUUGCGUCCUGGACGAUUAGAUCGUAAGGUUGAGUUUGGCCUUCCAGACUUGGAAAGCAGAACACAGAUUUUUAAGAUCCAUACACGAACAAUGAAUUGUGAGAGGGAUGUCCGAUUUGAGCUUUUGGCUCGGCUUUGCCCGAAUUCAACCGGAGCCGACAUCAGGAGUGUGUGCACGGAAGCCGGAAUGUAUGCAAUUCGUGCCCGAAGGAAGACAGUAACAGAAAAGGACUUCCUGGAUGCAGUAAACAAAGUAAUUAAAGGCUACCAGAAGUUCAGUGCAACACCAAAAUACAUGGUCUACAAUUAAACAAAUCCUUCUUCUCACUGUGUAAUAGAAAUUCAGCACUUCUUGCAAGUCCAUGAGAAUCUUGUGUUCCAAGGUUGACAGCCCGUAUGCUCUUUUAUUGUUUUUCUCACCUCUGUAUAACGGAUAUCAUCGUUCUAAUCAAAUGCCUUGGGGGGUUUAUUUA